GAGUGAGUGUGAAGGGAAAUCUAAGCCACUUUCCAAAACAAGUGUUUGUUUUGUUUUGGUUUGGGGCCACAUUAAUUAUCUUCACCUUUCAUAUACGCGUCUCCAAUUACCAUUCAUUACUUCUCCCUCAUUCACACUCCUUUCCCAUUCCCAUCCCACUCACAUUUCCUCAUCUAUAUAUACACUUUAGUUAGAAAUCGUGUUCCACAAUACUCCUACCUAUUUGCAUAACUCACCCUCUUUUUUUUCUCUUUCAUUCAUCAUUCACCACCCAUUAUUAAAUAAAUAAUGGGGUUGAGAAGCAUUGUUGUUAUGAUAUUAGCAAUAAUAACACUAUUAUUAGAGAUUCAGACAUGCUUAUCAGCGGAGAUUAGUAGGGCGAAUUUUCCACAUGGCUUUAUAUUUGGCACUGCCUCUUCAGCUUUUCAGUAUGAAGGAGCAGUGAAAGAAGAUGGAAGGGGACCAUCUGUGUGGGACACAUUUUCUCAUACUUUUGGCAAGGUAACAGAUUUCAGCAAUGCUGAUGUUGCAGUUGAUCAGUACCACCGAUACGAAGAAGACAUACAACUCAUGAAGGACUUGGGGAUGGAUGCCUAUAGAUUUUCCAUCUCUUGGUCUCGAAUUUAUCCCAAUGGAUCUGGCGCAAUCAAUCAGGCAGGAAUCGAUCAUUAUAAUAAAUUCAUCAAUGCAUUACUGGCGAAAGGAAUUGAACCUUAUGUGACACUCUACCACUGGGACCUACCUCAAGCCUUGGAUGACAAGUAUAAGGGAUGGCUCAGCACUGAUAUCAUAAAGGACUUUGCAACUUAUGCUGAGACGUGCUUUCAGAAAUUUGGGGAUAGGGUGAAGCACUGGAUCACGUUUAACGAGCCACAUACAUUUACUACACAAGGGUAUGAUGUCGGUUUACAAGCGCCCGGACGGUGCUCCAUUCUCCUUCAUCUAUUUUGUAGAGCAGGGAACUCAGCUACUGAACCUUACAUUGUUGCUCACAAUGUCCUACUUACUCAUGCCGCAGUAGCAGAUAUUUAUAGGAAAAAGUAUAAGAAUACACAGGGUGGAUCACUUGGGAUAGCUUUUGAUGUAAUCUGGUAUGAGCCUGCCACAAACACUAAAGAAGACAUUGCAGCAGCUCAGAGAGCUCAAGAUUUUCAGCUAGGCUGGUUUCUUGAUCCUUUGAUGUUUGGAGAUUAUCCGAGUUCAAUGAGAAGCAGAGUAGGAAACAGGCUGCCAAAGUUUUCUUCAUCCGAGGCUGCUCUUGUUAAGGGUUCAUUAGAUUUUGUGGGAAUCAAUCAUUACACCACAUUUUAUGCAAGAAACAACUCUACUAAUUUGAUUGGAAUAUUGCUCCACGAUUCUAUUGCAGAUUCCGGUGCUAUUACUCUUCCAUUCAAUGGCACUAAAGCUAUUGCAGAAAGGGCAAAUUCUAUAUGGUUAUAUAUUGUGCCACAAAGUAUGAGAACCUUAAUGAACUACAUCAAGCAAAAGUAUGGGAACCCUCCUGUCUUUAUCACUGAAAAUGGGAUGGAUGAUCCAAAUAAUAUAUUUAUCUCCAAGAAGGAUGCUUUGAAGGAUGAGAAACGGAUUAGAUACUUCAGCGGCUAUUUAUCUUAUCUACAGGCAUCUAUUAAAGAUGGUUGCAAUGUGAAAGGAUAUUUUGCUUGGUCACUGCUGGAUAAUUGGGAGUGGGCAGCUGGAUAUUCUUCAAGAUUUGGUCUGUAUUUUGUUGAUUACAGAGACAAUUUGAAGAGAUACCCUAAACAAUCUGUCCAAUGGUUCAAGAACUUCUUGAAACCAGCCAAAUAGUUGUUAAGAUAUAUAAGAUUGUAUUUGGAAUGGUAAAAUUGAUAUUUGAUUUGAAGUGAAGUGAAUUAAUUUUAUUUGUAAAUUUAUUUUUA